AUGGCAAGAGGUCAAGCAAAACAGCCAAACAACAAACUAAUUGCUGAAUUUACAGCAUUCAUGGCUAAUGGACAGGGAAGAAAUGCACAGAGAUUUAAACACCAAGCAAUAAAAGGAACAAACACAUAUCAUAGGUACACCAAUCCAAGGCAGAACCAGAGAUCUGACAAGCCACAGAACAAGUUUAAGGGUAAGAAAAAAUAUGAUCCAAAUCUAUCAUGCACUUAUUGUGGAAAAACAGGACAUAUUAAGGCAAAUGCAAGUUUAACUCAGCAAGCAGAUGAAGACAUUGGGAAGACAGAUUUUGAAAUCAAUGAUGGAAAUUUUGAGGAACAGUUUAGCAAGCAACAGAUUGUAGAAAUGAUGCAAAUAUACAAGCAAAGCAAGUUGACACAAAUAGGAAAAACAAAAAUCAAUGCAAAUGUAAUGAAUGGUACCAUUCUUAAAUACUCAAAUUCUGUACCCACUAAUCUUGAACAAAAUACUUGGAUAAUUAAUUCAGGAGCUUUAGAACACAUGUGUUUUGAUCCCAAUUCCUUCUUAUUUCUAAAUCCUCUCCCUGUACCUUUGAAUAUUAAUUUACCUAAUUCUUUCAAGGACCUUUCAAUGAAGAGUCCUCAAGUUUUUGGUGAAGUUAGAGAGGGACUCUAUUUAUUGGAUUCCAAUAGUGACAAGCCUAGAAUUGUUUUCAAUUCAAAUGAUGUAUCUUCAAUUCCAAAAGAAAGAAAUCCCAUCUCACAAUCAAUUUCAGUUUUUAAUUCAGUACAUGUUAAUGCUGCUCCUCAUGUAAAGCUUUGGCAUGUCAGGUUCUUUCUCACCAUAGUAGAUGAUUAUAGUAAAGGGACAUGGACAUUCUUACUGAGUACUAAAAGUAAUGCUUUUCCUAUACUAAAGAGUUUUCUAUCUAUGGUGGAAAGACAAUUCAAUGUAAGGGUUAAGAUGAUCAGGUCUGACAAUGCUUUGGAAUUGGGUAAAGGCACACAAAAAUCAGCAUUUCUUGCUUCUCAGGGGAUUUUACAUCAAUUUUCUUGUGUAGCUACACCUCAACAAAAUGGAACUGUUGAGAGAAAACAUAGACAUCUCUUAGAAAUUGCCAGAGGGUUGAUGUUUCAAUCCAAAUUGCCUAUGUGCUACUGGGGAGAAUCUGUUUUAACUGCUACUCAUAUCAUUAAUAGACUGUCAUCUAGUGUUCUAAAGGGACAGACACCUUAUGAAGUACUGUUUAGACAAAAACCUACCUAUGAUCAUUUGAGGAACUUUGGGUGUUUAUGUUAUACUUCCACCCUGGCACAAGAAAGAAACAAGUUUGAUGAAAAGGCUAUUGCUUGUGUUUUACUAGGAUAUCCUUUACAGCAGAAAGAAUAUAAACUGUUGUCUCUUGAUACAAAGAAAGUAUUUAUAUCCAGGGAUGUCAGUUCACAAUCUGAAUCUACACUUUCUCAACAAACAACCCCUACAGCUCAACCCCCACACCUUGACCAUGCUUAUCCAAGUUCUACUGCACUAGAUACUUCUACCCCUGACCCUAUAACAGAUAAACCAAGAAGGUCUAGCAGGAUAUCUCAUGAACCUAGAUAUCUAAGAGACUACAUUUGCAAUAGUGUGAUGUUCACUGAUCUAUGGAAAGCUUGUUUUGAUCACUCUCAUAAGGCUAAAAGAUAUGUUUUCUCCUUUUUAUCCCUCAACAAUCAGCAACUACUUCAUUCCCUUUCUAAUAUUACUGAGCCUAGCUGCUAUAGCCAGGCUUCUCAUCAUCCAGCAUGGAUAGAGACCAUGAGCUCAGAGAUUCAGGCUUUGGAAACUAAUCGAACCUGA